AAUAGAAUAAAUGUUGAUUAGUCAUUUAUUUUUCUGUCGUCAACCUUAAUUGAAAUACUGAAUAAAAGAAGCCAAGAUAGAAAUAAAAGUAAUCAUGGGAGGCUUAUUCAGCAAAUCCAGAGGACCCAAGAGAUUGGAUAUCACUGUAAGAGACUUUAUACAUGGCGAUGAUAAUGUCAUUAUUGAUCAUACAUCUCCACGGGAUCCAAUUCCACAACCAUAUUGUUCUUCGGACACGAAAGGAAGUGCAAUAACUAUUUGUACCCAAAACAUGAUCAAAGGGAAAAGAAACCGAAUUGAAAAAGUACCACCUACUAGCACACAUAACGGUUCAUCAGUUGAUUCAAAACCACGAUUGAAUCCCACCUCUAAACCAACGGCCAAUUUUUUGAAAAGUAUUGAUGACAAGGAUUUCAUCAGGAACAGAAGAAUAGUAUCAAAAGCGUCACGUUCUGUCGGUAUGAUAAGGGGUCCAGGUGGAGGUGGAACCGGAUUUAGAGUUGGAGAGAAUUAUGUCAUGACCGCUCGACACGUUGUUAUCAAUAACAUCAAAGUAUUUGAUAAAAUCGACCACUCACAGAUAAGGAAUAGUAGUUUCUUCAUGGAGUUUGAAUACUUGAAGGCCAAUCAGAAACAGAACCCUGAACAUAUAUUCUACUUCAAAAAAAUGGUGUAUGACAAUGAAGAACAAGAUACAGCAAUACUAGAACUUCAAGCUGACAGUAAUAGAUCUUUUCCACCACCGAUUAACAUUUUGGAAAGUAUAGAUGACGAUAGACCAAUAUAUUUGAUAGGACAUCCGAACAGUCAACCGCUUAUGGACGAUCCAAAGAUAGACAUAUACCACUACUGUAAAAAUGAUGUUGAUAGAGCCAACAAAAAAGCUGGUACAAUUACCAAAGACUAUCGAGAUCAUUAUGAGGGUAUCGAUGAUCAACGGAAAUGUCUGUUUCACUGUGCAUCACAACACGGAGCUUCAGGUGCAUUAGGAGUCAUGGUUACUCCCCAUUUGGAUGAACCAGUUGGAGUUUUGAUGUUAUUAAGGGGGUUUCCUAACUUUUAUUAUUCAAAACAUCUAUCGUUUUCAGACGAGGACAAAAAGGACAUUUUAAUAGUAGAACAGGGGGUACUUUUAAAGUCAAUUGAAAACGACAUGAUAUUGAGUGGAAGGUCUCAUUUAAAAAACGAAAAAAACGAAAUAUUUAGUAAUGUCAUACGACCUUUUUGAUGUAUAUAGUAAAAUAACAAAAUGUUGUAUAUUAAAUUAUUGUCUUUUUA